CUGUUGUAAACAAACCGGUUUGAUGACUGUGUGUUUAUUUAGUCGAUUUAAUUCAUUAUUUCAUCGUUCAUUCACUCAUUUUAGUGUUGUUAGAUCAUUUUCAUUCACCCCCAUGGCGUCUUCUCUCAAACCAGUGGUCAUCAGUGGUCCUUCAGGUUCAGGCAAAUCUACAUUAAUAAAAAAACUUUUUGAAGAAUUUCCUGAGUGUUUUGCCUUCAGUGUGUCACGUAAGUUUAUCAAUCAAUUAUAUUAAAUUUUCUUUUGCUUAGCCUACCAUUUUACCCCCAGAGAGAAAUUUGAAGAAAUGAUCACAUCUAAUGAGUUUUUAGAACAUGCAGAAUUUUCAGGGAAUCUUUAUGGAACAAGUAAGAAAUCAGUGAAUGAUAUAUCAAACUCUGGUAAAAUCUGUAUUCUAGAUGUUGAAAUUAACGGUGUUAAAAGUAUUAAAAAAUCAGAUUUACAACCGACACCACGAUUUGUUUUUGUUAAACCUCCUAGUCUAGAUAUUUUAAAAGACAGGUUAGUAGGUAGAAAAACAGAAUCAGAUGAAAGUUUACAGAAACGACUAGACACAGCUGAAGAAGCUUUGAGUUAUGCUGAUGAAGAAGGUUCGUACGAUCACAUCAUAAUCAAUGAUAAUAUAGACGAGGCCUACAAACAAUUUCGUGAUGUUUUUAAAGAGGAUUUAAAAUCUCUGAAGAAACAAUAAAAGGAAGAAAUUGUGCUCAGUUAU